AUGAAAUUGUUUCAUUCUUUCAUAUUUUUACUAUUAAAUAGUUCUUUAAUUAUCUUAUGUUUUAAAAAUAAUAAGAGCUUAAAAUUAAUUUCUAAUAUUAAUAAAUUUAAAAGAGUAAAAAAAAUUAAUAGUCGACUGUAUUCAUCAAAUGAAAAUUUAAAAUUAUUAAAAUAUGUAAGAGAGGCAACAAAUGCAAGUAUUCAAGUUUGCAAUAAUGCACUAAAGAACUGCAACAAUGAUGUGAAUAAAGCUAUAGAAUAUGUUAGAAAAAAUAUAAAAAAUUCAUUUAUAUCAUUAAACAUUAAAACUCAGAAAGAAGGUUUAAUUGGAUCAAAAAUCAAAGAUGAUAAGAUCGUUAUAUUAGAAGUAUUAACUGACUCUGAUUUUGUUUCUAACAAUAAAAAUUUUGUUAAUUUUGUAAAGAAUUUAUUAAAUGUUAUAUUAAUUAAUGACAAUACUAAUAAUAUAUUAGACUUACCAUAUGUUGAUGAAAAUAAUAAUUCAGAUGGAACGGUUGGAGAGCAAUUGAAUCAUUUAAGAAAUAUAUUUCGUGAAAAUAUAAAGAUAGGAAGGUAUACAAAAUAUAUAAAAAAAAAUGAAAAUGAAUUUUUGCAUUUUUAUAUUCACAAUAUAAUUGAAGAAAAUGUGGGAUUGUUUGGUGUUUUACUAGUUAUGCAUAUAGAUAAUUUAAAAGAAAAUUUUAAAAUAAAAGAAAAGCAUAUUGUUAAUAUCUCAAAUGAUCUGGCAAUUCAUAUAAUAUCAGCUAAACCUAUUAGUACUUCAAUUGAUACAUUAAAUGAAAAAAUCAUUAAGAGAGAAAUGGAAAUUAUUAAACAAUCAUUAAAAGAUAUAAAAAAACCUCAAAAUAUUUUGAAUAAUAUGAUAAAUGGCAAAAUGAAGAAAUUUUACAACUCUGUAGUGUUACUAGAACAGGAAUAUAUGCUUGAUGAUUCUAAAAGAAAAGUUUCCGAAAUUAUUAAAGAUUUUUCAUUACAACAUAAGAUAAAUAUAAAUGUAAAAUAUUUUAAUUAUUUAGCUAUAGGGGAAAAAAAUAUUUUAAUAGAAUAA